GGAGCAGACAUGAAAUAAAUUGUUAGUUGUUGAAGGUUAGAGACAAUAAGACCCGAGAGUUGGGAUUAUGCGUCUUAUUUACUGGAUCACGUGGUGGAAUUUUCACAAUCACCCGUCUCUCAUAAAACCUAGCGAAGAAGAAAACGGUGGCUUGGCUUGUUCUUUUCUUCUUCACAUUUUCCAGUUUUAAUUCUCAUCUCAAAUUAAUAUUAUUUAAAGAUUUUUCAAAAAAAAAAAAAAAGUUUAUCUGUCUCAAAUCUAGGUCUAGGAAAGGAGAAGCAAAUUUCCCCAAAAACCCAAUUAAAGAAUCCCAGGUUAUUAUUAUUAUUAUUAUUAUUAUUAUUAUUAUUAUUAUCAUUAUGGCAUUGACGCUCUGGUUCAACAAAAAGAUCGUGGAUCCCCUUAUCCAGAUCCUCCGCAAGGGAGCAGAACCCAAGCAGUUGGCCUUCUCUUCAGCCUUGGGAAUUACUUUGGGAAUUUUCCCUAUAUGCGGGGUUACGGUGUUGCUUUGUGGGAUGGCAAUAGCGUUGCUUGGAUCUCACUGCCAUCCUCCAACUGUAAUGCUUGUUAAUUUCUUGGCUACUCCGAUCGAGUUGAGCUUGGUGGUGCCCUUCCUUCGCUUUGGGGAAGCGUUAUCUGGUGGACCUCAUUUUCCCUUAACUUCUGAUGCCUUGAAGAAAGUUUUGACUGGCCAAGCUUCGAGUGAACUCCUCUUUAGUAUUGCCCAUGCUUUGUUGGGAUGGCUUGUUGCGGCACCCUUUGUUUUGGUCACACUCUACAUUCUAUUUUUGCCAAUUUUCAAGGUUGUCGUCCCCAAGUUUAGGAGUGUUCCUUUGAGCCCAAGGAAACAUCUUCUUUCACCUUCAGAAGUUGGGCUUAAGGUGAGGCAGGUUUGAUCGUUGUAAUCUUGUAUAUUUCUUUCACGGAAUGGUUUGACUGGAAACUGCAAUUAUACAUGUUUCUCACCUAAUGGCAUUUGUUGUAUAUAAGUCAUAUCUGGCGCUUAAUCCAUCAAUACAGAAUGUGGUUUAUGAGCCUUAUUGUGUUGAGUAUUGUUAGUGGGCUUGCAUGCAUCCAGAUACGUAUAUUUAUACAUAUAUGUAUAUGUGUAUUAAAAUAGGGAAACUAAUGGUUGAGCAUAACUUUGAGUCUGAGUUUGAAUGACUAAUUUUAUGCCUUACUUAGCAAUGAACAAUAUCCGGAUUCUAAUGA